AUGUAUGAGAAAAAAUUGGUUGCAAUGCGUCGUGGUGCAGCUACUGUGAAAGGAGUGAAAUAUUCGCGUCAGUUGGAAAUGGCAAUGUUGGAUAUAUCAACAGCCGAGAAAGGGAAACCGUUAGAUGACCAGGUCCGAGAAGAAUUCCAACUAGCCGGUGUGACUGCCUUCUGCUAUCUCCUCCUGGAUCCUAGAAAGAUUAGCGUUGACGUGGAUUCAAUGGAUCUGAAAAGUUUCGUGCAAUCAAUAUUUUAUGUCGGGAAAGGUUCAAAGGCACGCCCUCUAGCUCAUCUAAUCGAAGCGAAAAAGGAGAAGGAGCUGAAGUCGCCGAAAUUGACUUCAAACGCGAAACUUCAACGUAUUGAUUCAAUCUGGAAAAACGGAAACGGUGUUGUUUGUCUGCAAAUCAACCACAGUGUUUCCGAUGAAGAGGCUUUCGUUCGUGAGGCUGCUCUUAUAGAGGCGAUCAAGCUGGAGAAUUUGACAAAUGUUAAGGGAGGAGAAUGGCGUGGGAAAAGCAAGACGUGGUCGCCGUCGAUGAGAGCAGAAUUCGGCACCUACCAGUUAUUACGAGCGUUGGGUGUGCUUAAAAUGGAAGGCAUUCGUCCGAUAUUCCCUCAAGCCCUUCCUGACUCCUUGUCUCCUUUUGCACCAAAAAAGAAUGCUUAG